GGCUAUUUCAGCACUCCUCACCCGAGGGAGACAGCACAGGGAGAGACAGCCAGUGCUGCUCAAGAAAUGAAACAACUCUGAGAGUUUUGUAAUCACUACCCUCUUCCUUUACACCCAACUGUUCAGUUUCUCAUUUACUGACUUAUCUGCCUACCUACUCAAGCCAAGCAGGCCACUUCUUGACCCGGUGAAGGUCUCAGGAUCUGUACAUCACUGCAGAAAUAUCCAGGAAGGCUCAGCAACAACUUCAAAGAUGGUGAAUGAAUACAAGAGAAUUGUUCUGCUGAGAGGACUUGAAUGUAUCAAUAAGCAUUAUUUUAGCUUAUUUAAGUCAUUGCUGGCCAGAGAUUUAAAUCUGGAAAGAGACAACCAAGAGCAAUACACCACGAUUCAGAUUGCUAACAUGAUGGAAGAGAAAUUUCCAGCUGAUUCUGGAUUGGGCAAACUGAUUGAGUUUUGUGAAGAAGUACCAGCUCUUAGAAAACGAGCUGAAAUUCUUAAAAAAGAGAGAUCAGAAGUAACAGGAGAAACAUCACUGGAAAAAAAUGGUCAAGAAGCAGGUCCUGCAACACCUACAUCAACUACAAGCCACAUGUUAGCAUCUGAAAGAGGCGAGACUUCUGCAACCCAGGAAGAGACUUCCACAGCUCAGGCGGGGACUUCCACAGCUCAGGCGGGGACUUCCACAGCUCAGGCGGGGACUUCCACAGCCCAGAAAAGAAAAAGUAUGAGAGAAGAAGAGACUGGAGUGAAAAAGAGCAAGGCGGCUAAGGAACCAGAUCAGCCUCCCUGUUGUGAAGAACCCACAGCCAUGUGCCAGUCACCAAUACUCCACAGCUCAUCUUCGGCUUCAUCUAACAUUCUUUCGGCUAAGAACCAAAAAUCACAACCCCAGAACCAGAACAUUCCCAGAGGUGCUGUUCUCCACUCAGAGCCCCUGACAGUGAUGGUGCUCACUGCAACAGACCCGUUUGAAUAUGAAUCACCAGAACAUGAAGUAAAGAACAUGUUUCAUGCUACAGUGGCUACAGUGAGCCAGUAUUUCCAUGUGAAAGUUUUCAACAUCGAUUUGAAAGAGAAGUUCACAAAAAAUAAUUUUAUCACCAUAUCCAAUUACUUUGAGAGCAAAGGCAUCCUGGAGAUCAAUGAGACUUCCUCUGUGUUAGAGGCUGCUCCUAAACAAAUGAUUGAAGUGCCCAACUGUAUUACCAGAAAUGCAAAUGCCAGUCCUAAGAUCUGUGAUAUUCAAAAGGGUACUUCUGGAACAGUGUUCUAUGGAGUGUUUACAUUACACAAGAAAAAAGUGAAAACACAGAACACAAGCUAUGAAAUAAAAGAUGGUUCAGGAAGCAUAGAAGUUGUGGGGAGUGGACAAUGGCACAACAUCAACUGUAAGGAAGGAGAUAAGCUCCACCUCUUCUGCUUUCACCUGAAAAGAGAAAGAGGACAACCAAAGUUAGUGUGUGGAGACCACAGUUUCGUCAAGGUCACCAAGGCUGGGAAAAAAAAAGAAGCAUCAACUGUCCAGUGAAGCACAAAAAAUGAAGAAGAAAAUGAUUACCCAAAAGUUGGAAUUAAGGUAGAGAUGCCAAAAUAGAAAUGUCACCUCUAAAUGACAGCUUUAGUAGUAUAUCCAACCAUUGAUUAAUCUUCAUACCUGAUUUCUGAUUUUGUGUUUUCAUUUGAAAAAAUUCUUAUUGUUCUGUUUUUCUAUGAAAAUAAAAUUUGAUUUCAUUUCUCUACUGUAAAAAUAAUAAACAUGUCUUUUUAAAGGGACAUCAUUACAAAG